UCAGAAUCUACGGUCUUCAAACUUUCUACAGUAACCCCAAAACAAAAGGCCGCCGACAAUUCCAAAGGUUUGAGAUUUUGGGGUCUUUCUGAGAUGAACUCGAUUCAACGUUUCUCGUUAACGCGGCGGUUGAGCAGCGUCGAGUCCUAUCUACGGCAUCUCUGCGGAGGAGCGUUCCGUGUAGGCGUGAAGGACGAAGGAGACUGGUUCUACUCGCAGGAAUGGUGGGACCCUCACGAACGCGGUCACACCGUUUCACAAUCUUCUUCGAGCAGAGGAAACGGUGUAGUUUCCGUCGUCGCCCACCCUUCUUCUCUUCCUAGUAGAGAAUCAUGGGCAGAAACUGAAGGAUGGCUAGAUAAUAGGUAUAUGGAGAUAAUGGGAAGAGACGGAGCUAAGAAUGAGAAGUUUAAGAUACUUGGAUAUCAAUGGAGAUCACUUCGCUUCAACGAUGAUACUCGACAAAGCACUGUGAAAGUCAUGGCUGCUUUUAGAGCAUUGCAACCGAGUUCCAUUUUCUACAUGCAACACCCUCAUUGCCUUGCUGUUCCAUAUUUGAAGAGCAUGGUUUCAGUGGGAUUGACGUCUCUAGCAGCUUCGAAAUAUGAUUUGACGAGUGCAGCUAUUGGGAAGAAACAAAUGCGCAUAUUAUGCGUUGGUCACGGUGGAGGAAGCUUACCGUUGUUUUUAGCUAAUCACAUUCUUGGUGCUCUUGUUGACAUAGUUGAGAUCGACCCGGUAGUUAUUUCAGAGUCAGUUCGAGCAAUGGGCUUCCCUGCAUUCUCUGUCAUGACAGCAACGGGGAAACGUGCGUUACCAACUCCUGACAUUAUUGACCAAGUGAUGUGGCGAGGCAUCCACGAGAGACUCUUCCUCUACGAGUCAGAGGCUAAGGAAUUCAUUCUCAAUAACCAAAAUAAUUCUUAUGACAUUAUCUUCAUGGAUGCUUAUGAUGGAGCAGACAUUUUUCCACACAGUCUGUGGGAUUCCAAUUCUCUGUUCAUGAAAGCUCUGAGCGAAAGACUUCACCAUGAGCAUGGGACUCUGGUGGUGAACCUUCACUCUGAUGCAGACAUCUCAGAUUUGGACAGAUCAAUUGAAGGUGUAACAACGGGAAAGUAUGUUAGGAAAGUCGGUAAAGCCUAUAAAAAGGGUUUAAUGGAGAAUGAGAGGAAUGGAUUGGUUUUUUCUUGUGAAGUUCCAUGGCUAUGUAAUGUAUCUCUGGUGGUGAGCAGAGGCAUGAGUUCAGAUGGAAGACAUAGAGACCAAAUCAAGACCAGUCUUAUGAAGACUUCCUUAGAAGUGGACAAAAUCCUUCGUCUUCCUUUCUCUUUCUUGGAUUACCUGAAAACUGGUCUUGCUAUCAUAUAAAUUGAUCUCUAAAUAUGAGGUAAGUCUUUUGACUAUGGUUUGUGCGUAGAAAACAGAAGCAAAGCAAAAGCUAAACACUUAUUUGGUGUCAAAGACUACUUUGUCUUGCACAUGCGGUUGCUAUAAAAUUUUGUUUUGAUUCCAUAUAUUCAUACAAGUGUUGUCUGGUGUAUCUAGAGCUGCCAGAUGGUCUGUCUGCCCCCAAUUGUGUUUGUCCAUGCACACCUUUGUUUAUGGAGAAUGUAAUUGGUCAGUCCGUAACGGAACACUUACCACAGCCGAUGCAGACCAUGUACAGAUGGAAUUGUCACUGACGGCCCAAUUUUGUGGACUGUUUUUUACUAUUUCAUUAACCUGUGUAUUACAAAUUGGUGUUUUCUCUUUAAAGAGAAACUCAAACUUCUAAAAUCUAAAUGUACGCGUUGUCUUUAAA